AUGUGUUAUUUACAGCGCGACUCCCCACUUUUACCCCAGACAGCACAACGCCAAGGAACAAGAGAGGUUGGACAAGAAGAAAAAUCAAUGUUUAAGGUCGAAGGAGAUCGAUCAUAUGACUUCAUUAGAGAAGGAAGGUUUUCCGACUCGAAUCCUCCUGGGUUCAAAUGUCGCUUAUGCAUGUUCAAUGGAGUCUUUGGGAAUGUCCUAGUUGGUGAUGACUUUCUCCGAACUAUGGGUUAUCCAUCAACAAGUGUUCAAGAAACCUUAACCUCGGUCUAUAAUUUGGGCUGUUUCUUCGGCGCUCUCUCUACUAUCUGGUCUGGCGAUUUCCUUGGUCGACCUAGGGUGAUACUCGUAGGCAGUACCGUUAUUGCUCUGGACGCACUCAUUCAGGCCAGGAGCUAUGGCGUUCCGCAAAUGAUGGUAGGAAGAGUCGUUGCUGGAAUGGGAACGGUUCUCACUGCUAUUAUCUGGGUUCUAUGCCCAUUUUUACCAGAUUCACCGCGUCUACUAAUUAGGAAAGGGCGACAUGAACAGGCGUGUGAAGUUCUCGCGGCUCUUGAAGGCUAUGGUGCGACAGUUGAUUCUCCAUCCGUGAAGCAACAAUUUAACAUCAUCAUCAAAGACGCCUUGGACCGAGAACACAUGAACACAUUUUCUUGGUUCAAAUUGCUCUCUGGAAAAGGUCCAUCUGGGGUCCUAAGACGAAUGAUUCUGGGAGCUUGGAUGCAAGCUAUGAAUAAACUCAGUGGAAUAAAUGUCACCAGUUAUGACAUGACAUAUGUCUUCAUCCAUGUUCUUGUAAUCUCUGAACUGAGAGCACGAAUCCUUGCAGCGGCAGGAUCUGUUGACUACCUCAUUUUCGCCUUUCUGGCCUACUCUGUGAUCGAGCGAUACGGCCGUCGACGCGUAAUGAUUAUUUCUGCAUUCGCCUGCUCCACUUGCUGGAUAAUCAUCACAAUCGUACUUGCUCUGUCAGAAUCCGAUCCCGCUCGUGGUUAUCAAUAUGGUGCUGUAGCAGUAAAUCUAUGA